AUGCAUCGCUUUAUUUUACUUAUUCCCGUAGUGUUAGCUUAUCAAGAUCCAACGAAACAGUUAGAAGACUUUAAAGAUAUUACUAAGAUACCUAUAGGCUUUAUGACAACAAGCAAUGGCGCUAUGGUUGAAACGAAACAUGGAUCAAGUACAUUGAACACAAGACUAAUACACAAUGAAUACUUCAUGGAUUCCCUAACUCAUUUAUCUCGGGAGCGGAUACCAGAGCGUGUAGUACACGCAAACGGUGCCGCUGCCUUCGGCUUUUUCGAGGUAACCCAUGACAUCAGCCACAUUUGCAAAGCACGAUUAUUCUCAUCAGUUGGAAAGAAAACGCCUAUAGCAAUAAGAUUUUCGACAAUUGCCCCUGAACGGGGUGCAAGUAAUACGGUAAGGGAUGCCAGAGGCUUUGCAGUCAAGUUCUACACUGAAGAUGGAAACUUUGAUAUCGUCGGCUUAAACCAGCCUACAUUCGUCUUAAAGGAUCCACUCUUUUUCACUACCUUUGCGCAUACAAUGAAACGCAACCCUGCAACUGACCUACCAGACGCGAACAUGAAAUGGGACUUUUUAACACUGCGUCCAGAAUCAUGGAAUACUUUUAUCAGAGUCUUCGGAGAUAGGGGUAUAUUUGAUGGCUAUCGUUAUAUGCCUGGAUUCAGUAUUCAUACCUACCAAGUAACGAAUGAAGCUGGCACUCCUUAUUUCGUCCGAUUCCAUUUUAUUCCCAAUGCGGGCGAGAAGACAUUAACAUCAGAACAGGCUGCGAAAAUACAAUCUAUGGAUCCAGAUUACGAGAAACGAGAUUUGUAUAGAGCAAUUUCAGCUGGUAAUUUCCCAUCUUGGUUGCUCGCCCUGCAAAUAUUAUCUCUGGAAGAUGUUAAAAAUGCGGACAUUGAUGUUUUUGAUAUAACCAAAAUUCUACCGGUAGAAAUGUAUCCAUUACACCACGUUGGGCAGUUAGUUCUAGAUAGAACUCCAGAAAACUUUUUCGCUGAGGUCGAACAGCUAGCAUACAAUCCAGCUAAUUUAGUCCCUGGCAUACAAGGUGGUGUCGACAAACUGUUUGAAGCGCGUCGUUUAUCUUACAGAGAUGCACUUUAUUACCGUUUAGGUGCAAACUUCAAUAACAUUCGAGUUAAUUGUCCAUUUAAUACUAAACCUCUGACAUAUAAUCGCGAUGGUCGACCGCCAGUGAAAGAUAAUCAAAAAUCAUACCCUAAUUACCACCCAAACUCGUUUAAUGGUGCAGUUGCAUAUGUGGACUUUAAUUAUUUUGAAGUAUUACAAAUUAUUGAAAAAGAACCAAAUAAUACCGAUCAAAUAAGAGAGUUCUAUUUAUAUGGAAUGUCGGAUGAGGAGAGAAAUAGGUUGAUUGAAAAUAUUCGGUCCAGUUUAGUAUCAGCUGCAAGGUUUCUGCAAAAACGAGCAAUUGCUUUAUUUGAAAGCAUUCAUCCAGACUUCGGGUAUAGAGUGGAUCAAGCUCUAGCUUCGAACACAACGUUGCCUUUCUAA